UGCCCGGACGCCACGCUUCCGCCACAGCCCCCUCCUCCUCCUCCUCCCUCUCCCUCCGUCCUCCUCACGCCAUCACUGGGGGCCACGGAGUAGUGGCGCGCCCCCUCCCUCAGCACCGUAGGUAUGAGACCCGCCGAGACUCCCCGCCAGCACCAAACUCGGGAAGGAUACUGACAGCUAAAUUGCUGCCUAUAUACUGAAAAAGAGUGCCAUAAAGUGGGGAUGUCAAGAGUCCCUACUCCUUUACCAUCUGGAGAGAUGUCCAGUGGACCUGUGGCUGAAAGCUGGUGUUACACACAGGUUAAAGUUGUAAAGUUUUCUUAUAUGUGGACCAUUAAUAACUUCAGUUUCUGCCGAGAAGAAAUGGGUGAAGUUUUAAAGAGUUCAACGUUUUCUUCAGGGCCAAAUGAUAAAAUGAAAUGGUGCCUGAGGGUAAACCCAAAAGGUUUAGAUGAUGAAAGCAAAGAUUAUCUUUCAUUGUAUUUACUUCUAGUUAGUUGUCCAAAAAGUGAAGUGAGAGCAAAAUUUAAAUUUUCUCUGUUAAAUGCAAAAAGAGAGGAAACAAAGGCAAUGGAAAGCCAAAGAGCGUAUCGAUUUGUUCAAGGCAAGGACUGGGGUUUUAAAAAAUUCAUUCGAAGAGACUUUUUACUUGAGGAAACUAAUGGUCUUUUACCAGAUGAUAAGCUUACACUAUUUUGUGAGGUAAGCGUGGUCCAAGACUCAGUGAAUAUAUCAGGACUGUCCAGUACAAAUACUUUAAAGGUACCUGAAUGCCGACUAGCUGAAGAUUUGGGGAAUCUCUGGGAAACCACAAGAUUCACAGAUUGCAGCUUUUAUAUAGGAGGACAGGAAUUCAAAGCUCAUAAAUCUAUCCUUGCAGCUCGUUCACCUGUUUUUAAUGCCAUGUUUGAACAUGAAAUGGAGGAAAGCAAAAAGAAUUGUGUAGAAAUAAAUGAUGUAGAUCCUGACGUUUUUAAAGAGAUGAUGAGAUUCAUUUAUACAGGGAAGGCUCCAAAUCUUGAGAAAAUGGCUGACAGCUUGUUGGCAGCAGCAGAUAAAUAUGCACUUGAACGGCUGAAGAUCAUGUGUGAAGAAGCUCUGUGUAGUAACCUCUCAGUAGAAAAUGUUGCAGACAUUCUGAUUCUCGCAGAUUUGCACAGUGCAGAACAGUUGAAAGCACAAGCAAUAGAUUUCAUUAACAGGUGCAGUGUUCUUAGGCAACUUGGUUGUAAAGAUGGAAAAAACUGGAACAACAGCCAAGCAACAGACAUAACGGAAACAGCAGGGUGGAAAUCGAUGAUCCACUCUCACCCCCACUUAGUCGCUGAGGCCUUUCGGGCCCUUGCCUCUGCACAGUGUCCGCAGUUCGGCAUUCCACGCAAACGACUAAAACAGUCAUGAAAUCUUCCAUGAACUUGAGGGAACUAACAUCUCCUAGUCCAUAUCCAAACGGGGUUUUGCAAACCCUCUGCCAGAAUAUGCUACCCUUCUCUGCAGAACAGAACCAGAAAGCGUUUAAGAAUGGAUAAUAUAUGUUUUAGUAAUCAGCUUUAAAUCAGACUGAUAACUCUCCAGUUCACUGAAAGGCCUUAACGUCAACUAUUCUAGUUCAUUUGUGAUUUUCCUUGUUUUUCUUUUUUAAAUGGUGCCUCAUCAUUUUUGACUCAGCUUUGUAGGAUUGCACUAGCUCCAUAAGGCAGUAAUGCUGAUAAAUGAAGACCGUUUUCAAAAGGAUCUUCCUCUCCUCCUUUCCUUUUUUUUGUAAAAUCCCCAAAUGAAGAUUAUCGGUUGGUCUUAUGGUAACUGGAUUUCAACUAGCCUCCUGUUAAAAGCACUUGAACUGGGGGCAAACAAGCACUCCAGUCCAAAUAUUGUAUUUAGGAUGCAUCUGCCUAUCUUGAGAGAGUGCUGUCAGGCAUGCGGUGGCAAUAUACUACUCUGAAUAUAAUUUAUUUUUCAUUGGUUCAGGUGACUGAGGGAAAUAUGCAAUGUCUUGGCCCAGAAAUGUAUUUUACUAGUAUUUAUAAAUGCUUACUAUGUGAGUGUGCCCAUCAGUGGAAAAAAAUACAGUAAUUUUUUUGGUCCAUGUUGCUUUAUCAUUGUUCUUUUAUCUUGUACUGAACCAGAGUGAGAGUUGGUACGGAGAGGAAAUAAGGGGUAUGUGCUGAGGAAGAAAUGGUUAUUUCUACAUGGAAGGUCAAGGAUGCUUAAGAGUGACCAAAUGUAAAUUUCAGAAAUGGGCCAAAAUGGAAUCUCAGUAUGCACUUUUAAUGUGUAACUUUUGUAUGUUGUGUAGUACAUAUAUAUUUUGGUUUUGAUAAAUAUGGUACAGUACUUGUGGCCUAAUUUUUGAAAUACAUUAAGAUGCCCACAGCCACAUGGGAUUUAGUUUUGUUACUGCAAACAAGGAGCGCAUGACUUAGAGAUGUUGAUUUUAAGUUAAUAUCUCAAGUGUUCAUGUUAGAACCCCUUCUGUUUUCACACUUGGGUAGGCUUAACUUUGUUCCCUUAGUGUGUGUACGCACAAGCCUAUUCUCACUAGUGAAAGUUGCACAGACACACACUUGGCAGGAAGAAUAGAAGUCUGAAAUGUCAGUAUUUAUAAGCACUGACCUGCUAUUUUUAGCCUUCAUUAUUGUAUUAGCGUUGCGGAUGGUAUUGAAAUUCUGCAUAAUGUGAAAAGGAUCUUAUAAACAACCUUGUAAACUGCUUGUAAUGGAGAAGGGUUUUGUUUUGUUUUUGUUUUUUUUGCUAUUACUACUAUAAUUAUUGUUACUAUUAUCAUUCAAACUUUAGCUUUAAUGCCAACACUUUCAGUGUGUGUGUUAGCAUUGUUUACAAUUGGAGGGAUUUAUCUGCAACAAUGCACAUUAGAAAUGUUUUAUUAUGUUGAAUUUACCUUAAUAAUGUUGAUGUGAUAUAUCUGUUGUGUGGGAAAAGUUGCAUUGAACCAUAAGUAAAGGGAAUUUCUUGUACUUUUACAUAAAAGGUUUUAGGUAGCCCAUUGGACUCACAUGCUCAGUUCAUGAAGGUUUCUUUAGCUUUUCAAAAGAUAUAUUCUCUCUGUUUUCAACAGGGAAGCAUUAAUUCAAAGAUCUAAGGCACAUUUGUUCUGAAAGAUGAUUAUUUUGAAUAUACGUAAAGAGGAGUUGGAAGCAAAAAGAGUGCUUCCAAGCCAGUGCAAAAACUUGAAACAAAUCCACAUUCUGGCUCAAGUCUUUCUUUAAGAGGAAAGAAUUUGUGCAGUGCAGAAUUUGAACAUGCAUCCUUGAGGCACAGUUAAAAGGACCAUUUUAGAUGCACUUCUGGUGGUUUCAGUGGGCCUAAACAUUAUUCAGUGAACCAAAGUGGUACAGCAGUGUUCUAUCCAGAGAUGCAUUAUAGUUUUAACAUUUCUAGAAGUUUCUGUUUAUCUAAAUUAUUAUCACAUAGGUGUUCUUACCAGUGAAAGUAAAAGAAUGUAAUGUCCCGCAGUGAUAAAAGAAAAUUUUGCUGCACGAUAACAACAUAUUCAUAUAAGCAACUUUGCAUUUCGAAUGUUGCAGCUAUAGUAUAAAAGUGACUUGAAUAUUUAAUAGAGUGAUUGUCCAUUUCAGCUUCUUCUGAUAGUACGCGUACAGUAGUCAAGUAGAACAUCUUAAGCAUUUUAUUUAAAGAUUUUAAAAAUCUUAAUAGCACACUUUGUACCAAAAAUAUCAAGCACUGUGUGGUAAGAAUAAACUAUUUGUCUAAGGGAUCUUAUCAAAAUUUACAAGAUGUUGCCAUAGAUGACCUUAAUAAUGAAUCAUGAGAAUUGAUCUAAUAUAUUAUUUGUUGGCUAUAGCAAAAUACACCGUAAAGAGUAAAAUUAAUGUUGUUUUCUAUGGAUACACUAAUCCAUCCUUCUUUUCUUAAGGAACCACAUUCAAUGUUCUUAUUCUUCCAAAAGAGCUGGCAAGAACAACCUGUAUGUAUUUUCGAUGUUUCUGUACCUACUGGCUGAAAUCUGGAAAGUAUGUGAGGGUAGGGAAGCCCACUUCCCCAGAUUUUCACUACAAAUGUCAAAAUGCUACAUUUGGCUUGCCAGAUCUGCUCCUCUCCAUCUGCCCUCAGCAUCAGACCUCUUUCCCUGACCCCAAAGAGAGCACCCUGCAUGUGCUGUGUAAUGAUGUAUGUUUUUUUUUUUUUGUAAGAGUUGUUUUCCGAAAAACGGGAUUCAGUUUUCUGCUAAAAGUGAUAGAGUUACCAUUUGAAUCACUUAUGUUGGUGAUGUUUUUCAACGAAGGAAGCCUCAGUAACACAUCCAGAUUUUGGCAGUCCAUUUACUGCAUGCUGACAUGUAAUGCCUGGUGCCUUUAGAAAUGCAAGAUGAUGAAAUGAAAACAUUUGGAAAGUUGUGGGAGAAUCUAGACAGAAAGACUGGUAAAGAAGUCAUGAACAUCGAAUCUGGUCAGCUCAUCAAAUUUGUUCAUCAAAAACUGAAGAUGCCAAAUAUUUUUCAAAGGCACAUUUGUCUCUCACAACCAAUUGCAGGUUGAAAACAGCCCUGGAUAUCCUAGAAAGAGAAUUAUUAAGAUGAGACAUAUUUAAGGUAUGCUUUUCUGUUUUUGUUUUGUAAUUCCUUGAUUUAAAUAUGGCAAUGUGAUAAGUAAUGGUCAUCCAAAAGUAAUAAACAAGGCAUUGAUGGCAUGAUGGCUUCGUUAUGAAGGGGUUCCUUCAAGCUGAAAGCUAGAUACUUUUGCUUGUCCAAUUCUACAGAAAAUAUUAGGAUAACCAUUUGGGGAUGCUUUGUUUUAAGGGCAUAAACGAUUUCUUAAAACAAUUGAUGUUUAGCCCAAAUUUAAUUUUUAUUGACUGGAUUGAUUGGAAUCCUCCUUAUGGACUCUCAUUAGUUUCAGUGCACGGUGGAGUUGCAUUGAUUUUCUUGCUUUUUUGCUUGCAGCAAAUGGACUUUCUCUGAAAUGGAUGCACAUUACUUUUAUCAGUGUCUGCUGUGGUUUGCGUUUAUCCUACUCUGUAGUCUAGUUAAUCCUGGAUUUUGAUAUGUCCCAAUGAAGGUAUAUUUUUGAGUCCUGUUUUAGAAUCUGAAGAUUGGAAGAAUUGAAGCCUGCGCUUAAUUGAAAACUAUCUACGUUACAUAUCAUGUUAAAACACUUUCAUCAAACCAUCCAGCCUUUUAUAUCUGCCUGAUGUUAACAGUGAAAUACUUCAGUGAAAUACUUUUUGUACCUUGUUGCUGAAAAUAUUUUUGCAUUUCAGGACAUCAAGUUACAAUAAAGUUGUUACUUAUAAAGAAACAUGUGCACAUUGAAGUCUCUGGAAUAUUGUCUUUGCUGUAGUUCAUCCUCCCCUAAGAGAGGUAACAUGGGCAGAGCCUUAUGGUGGUUGUAAUCACCAUGUUACUCCCACUUAGAUUAAACCUUUUCAGGACACGCAAUAAUAUUUUACUUUCCCAUUUGUGCACUGUUUUUAAUUUAUUUCAGGAACAAAAAGAAAACAGCUUGUUAAUGAUAGUUGCAUAUAAACGUGGGGGCACUAAUUUCGUUGUAAUAAAUUGCAAGAAAAUGCUUUAAAAAGCAAUGAAUUGAACAGGAAAAUAAUCCAAACCACUUGUCACUUGAGUGAACUUAAAGGGAUUUCUCCUGAGAUAGAGACAAGAUUCUUGGAAAAGUCUGAGCCACAACUUGUUGCCCUGCCCUCUGCUCUUCCUGGCUGGGGGGGGAGUCAGCUAGGAGAAAUCGACAUUUGCAGCCAGCCUGGUAAUGAAUAGGGAC